CUUUUUUUUUAGAUUUAGUGUUUUACGCCUGCCAUACGAAACGGGGCCACUGUCGGCUCCACUUCCCCGCAAGAUCAUCCGGCUAAGGCAGGACAGUUGAAUUCUCACUUAUAGAAACCGCUUUUACAAUUUGUGCCGUUACACUCUCUCCUCUUUUCUCCCUCAAUUCGUCCCUGCUUUCUCAUUCGCUCGUCUCCAAGCUUCGCCCAUGCCUACUCUCUCUCACGCUUCCAUCUUCUUCUUCUUCUUCUCUCUUCUCUUCCCAUCUCUUCGCUUCGCCAUUGGGUUUCAGUGGAGUGGUGGAACUCGAGUACAUGAAUGGGUUUUUGGGUAUAUAAUGGGGGAGAAGCUGGAACAGCGUGGUCAAGAUUCGCAGUCUUUCAUCGGCAUCAACUAUGGGCAAGUCGCCAACAACCUACCGCCGCCUGAGGCCACCGCGAAGCUGCUCAAAUCCACGUCAAUUGAAAAGGUCAGAUUAUACGGCGCCGAUCCGGGAAUCAUCAAAGCUCUUGCCAACACUGGUAUCGGGAUCGUUAUCGGCGCCGCCAACGGCGACAUCCCCGCCCUAGCCUCCGAUCCGAACUUCGCGGCUCAGUGGGUGAACUCAAACGUCAUCGCCUACUACCCUGCAAGCAAGAUUAUCCUCAUCACUGUUGGCAACGAGGUCAUGAGCUCCACCGACCAGAACCUGAUGUCGCAGCUCUUGCCGGCGAUGCAAAAUGUCCAGAAUGCCCUCAACGCGGCGUCACUGGGAGGAAAAAUCAAGGUCUCAACCGUGCACUCCAUGGCCGUGUUGACUCAGUCUGACCCGCCCUCCUCCGGCGCUUUCAACCCGGCGACUUCGGACACAAUGAGGGGCUUGUUGGAGUUCCAGAGAAACACUGGCUCGCCUUUUGCCAUCAACCCAUACCCUUUCUUCGCGUACCAGAGCGAUCCCAGGCCCGAGACACUCGCCUUUUGCCUGUUUCAACCCAACGCGGGACGAGUUGACUCGGGCAACAAUAUCAAGUACACGAACAUGUUUGAUGCCCAGGUUGAUGCUGUGAGAUCUGCUUUAAAUGCAAUGGGAUUCAAGGAAGUUGAGAUUGUUGUUGCUGAGACAGGGUGGCCAUACAGUGGAGAUGCCAAUGGAGUUGGGCCCAGCAUUGAGAAUGCGAAGGCCUACAAUGGGAAUUUGAUUGCCCACCUUAGAUCAAUGGCUGGGACCCCAUUGAUGCCUGGGAAAUCUGUGGAUACGUAUAUUUUUGCACUUUAUGAUGAGAAUUUGAAACCUGGUCCAGGCUCGGAACGGGCAUUUGGACUUUUCAAGCCUGAUCUUUCCAUGACAUAUGAUGUCUCUCUUUCAAAGAGUAGCCAGACCCCAUCAACCCCGGAAACUCCAGUGAAUCCAUCACCAAACCCAACAGCUAGUUCUGUCUGGUGUGUGCCCAAGACUGGUGUUUCUGAUGCUCAACUGCAGGCAAAUCUUGACUAUGCUUGCAGCCAGGGCAUCGACUGCACCCCAAUUCAACCUGGUGGCGCUUGUUUUGAACCAAACACCGUUGCAUCUCAUGCUGCUUAUGCCAUGAACCUGCUCUAUCAAUCUUCUGGCAAGAAUUCAUGGAACUGUGAUUUCACUCAGACAGCAACGCUCACAUCCAGCAAUCCAAGUAAAUUCUCCUCCACUUCACCAUCAACCAAUUUUGAAUAAGAAGAAAUUUCCUCCUGGCCACACCAAUAAUACUGCAAGGGUUUUAGUCCUAGUUAUGCUUUUGAGGGUUUUUUGAAAAAGAAAAACAUUUUUAAAAAAUAUUUUUAAAAAUAUGACAGCUUCAAAACUAUUUCCAAAUUUAUGGUACUUUUUAAGGUUUUAAAUUUUAAUUGGAAGUUGUCUUAUAUUUUUUGAAUGGCUGUAUUUUAAAAAUUAUUUUUUAAAAGUGCUUUUGAGGUGGGCUUGGAUGCAACUUGGGUAGGGCAUAGGAGAAAUAACUCUGAUCACCCAUAAAAAGCACGUUUCCCUUAAAGCUACUACCAACAAACCCUAGACUUUCUUGGACAUGAGAGAGAUGGGUCUACGCCACCAGAUGGAGAUAGACUUUUACUAAAGAGAUGAUGAUAUUCCCUUUAUGGGUCCAGUGCCCCCAUUAGCACAUGAUCAUUUAUAAUGUAAAAGAGUACAAGCUUUUCAAGUUGGGUGCCUUUUUUCCUCUUCCUGCUGGUUUUUUUGCUCUGAAGCCAGUGGCAUAAACAGCAAGUGUUUACUUUACUCUCAUCUCAACCAAUUUUCUCUUGUAGGUUAUAAUGCUUGCACUUUCCCUGGUAGCUGAAAAGGAAGAGGAAACGUCAUCUUAUGUCCAAUAAUAAUCAAGAAGAAUAAAAGGCCAUGAUAGUUUGCAGCAAGUGGUGGUUGUUCCCUAGCUUUGUUUGUAAAAGCUUUUUCUCCUUUGAUGUGUGGAUGUAAAUCUCUCUGAAGCUUUCUCACUUUAGGUUGUGAAUGCUACUACAACUCUUUUCUUUCUCCAUAUUUUUCUUGAAGGAAGGGGGGGGACCGGCGGUUGGUGGUGGGUAAGGAGCAAUUAUGUUGAGAAGAAGAGCAGUCGAGGAAAUAAGUCCUCACUAAUAUGAUAUAUAAGCUGUAGACUUCAUAUUUCCAAUUAUGUAGUAUGUGAUGUAGAAAGAUCCUGGCUUGGCCUUAUCCAAACAAUUGCUCUGUUUCAUUA